AUGAAUACUUCUGAGGCUGCGAGGUUGAUUAGCGUUAAUACAAGCAAAACACAACUCUCACACCAACACUCACAACAAUCCGUGGCGACGUCCGACGAUUAUUUCUCGCUACAUUCCGAUCAGUCGGCUUCUGCCCCAAGCUCGGAGAAUAGUAAAGUCACCGUUGUGCGGUAUGCGACUCCACAGUCUCAUAUGAAUAAUUCUUCUUCGUCGGGACAGCAUUCUUCGGGACGGCAGCAUUCUUCGGCCAACGUGCAGCAGCAAGCUCGGUCGGUGGAAAAUAUGACGGCACAACAACAACAACAACAACAGGAACCUGGUCGGUCGAAUUCAGUCAGGUUUGGAGGUACAAAAGUCAACCAAGUCAGUCCUCGACAGACUCAGACGCACAUACAGGAUCCGAGGAAACAUAUUAGUGCUACUACGCCUGGGGUGGAUGAUAGUCCCUACCUGCGGUUUGCGAUUGAUCAGUUGACCCGCGACGAGGAGGUUGCUGGUGUGGGCAGACAUGGUUCUGUGGUUAGUACGCGCACGGUAGACUACCCAGUCGAAAGAGUCGUGCCAGACGAGAAUUUGGGGUAUUAUUAUCGCAGUGGACCGACAACAGUCGAGAUUGCAAAGCUGGGGAGUCGUCGGGGUCCGAUUCCUACCACCACCACCACGGCAAAUGUGAUUGUGUCGGAAAAACAGGGGACAGCAGUCUUUGUAGCUGUCGAGCCUGGUGUGCAUGAUGUACAACACCCGCCUCUAGAUUUUGUGCCUGUGGUGCUGAGACCCUGGGCUUUGGCGAUUUUCAUUUUCUUGGCAUUGUGCAUGAUUGCCGCCGUGGUGUUUUGUAAUGUGUGGUCACAGCGACACAGCGGGAUCUGGAACUGGGAUGGUGUAGGGACUACGCAAUACUUCAUUACGCAGUAUCUUCCUCAGUUACUCGCUGGAUUAAUUGUGUUGUGGAAUCUGGUUAUUCAGGCAGCCAUCUACCGCGUCAUGCCAUUCUGCAUCAUGGCAUCCGAACGACAAAAGCCUGGCGUGCUUCAAAAUCUCUCGAUCCUAUCACGCAACCAUCUCAUUCCUGACUUGUCUCAUUUUCGAUAUGGAGAGCCGCUUGUUGCGGUUGGGCUGUUGGCGAUUUGGUUGGCCAAUUUCUUCAGUAUGCCGCUGCUGGCUUGUCUGUUUCAGGCCAAGUACUACACUAUCAAUAGUCAUGGCGUAUGGAGAUGGACCGCCUCCCAGGCCGUCGGCUGGGCCAUCGUCGGUAUCUAUGCAUUCUUGUUCAUCGGGUUAAGCUUGGUAAUGGCUCGUUUCAUUCGAAGCUGGACCGGUUUACUCUGGGACCCCGUCAGUCACGCAGAUCUAAUACCCCUGAUUCAGCGAUCCAACAUCCUGCGCGACUUUGAGGGCUCAGAAACGGCCGCCUCCGUUCGAGACAUUCUCCCAGAGCGAACCUUGCGUCUUGGAUACUGGCGACUUAUGGAUAAAGAGGAUAUAUUCUACGGCAUUGGAGAGGAAUAUGCAACAGGUGACAUGCCAGCACCAGCAUCGCCACGACGAACCGAAAAACGGCACACGGGACGAACGGGGCCGGUUGAAGACCUGGAACAACAGAGUAUCCUUCGAAACGAAUCCUUUGAGCGAACUUUGUACUCUCCCUUUUCUCGAUUUCGAUGGAUGGUUUGGUUUCUUCGCGAUUAUGCCAUCAUCGCUUGGAUUGUUAUCAUGCUUGGAUUGUUCAUCGCUUUCGUUGUUGUGAGCUUCGUCCACGAAGCUAUUCCACAUGCUUUUGUGCCUCUAGUGCCGACAUUAGCAACAGCAAACGGAUUCUCCGCGUCGAAUUUCCUGUUCAGCUUCAUUCCCGGCUUGAUCGGCAAUUUCCUGUUUCUCGCCUGGCAACCAAUCGACGUCUACCAUCGAGCCCUACAACCGUUCGCAUCCAUGUCCACGCCCGAGGGUGCUUUAGCAGAGCGAAGUGUGCUUUUGUCGUAUCCAGCCUGUCUCCCGUUUGAAGUUUCCUUCCUCGCCUUAGUCGGCAAACACUACCAAGUCGCCUACAUCUCCCUCGUCAGUAUCCUUUUUCUGGCACUGCCCAUCCUCGGCGGCGGCGUCUUUGUCGCCCUGUGGUACUCAGCCGAGAAUCAAGUCCGCAUCGCCGCCGACCUUACCGCAUUUUAUGUACUAGUGGCCUUUUGCGGCCUGUACGCACUCUCCUACUUGGUGAUCUGGCCCCGUCGCCAUCGAUACCUACCACACAACAUCUCGACAUUGGCAGAUCUGAUUAGCUUCUUGCACCAAAGUCCGCUGUUGUAUGACCAAGUACUCCGCGAGCCACGCACAAAGCUCGAUCUAGUGACAAGACUGGUGGUUACGCCGCCGAAUGAGAGGACGCAGCCGUUGUAUGGGUUUGGGGUGUACAGGGGUCUUGAUUGGAAGGAUCAUUUGGGGAUUGAUAGGCUCACGAGGCCUGGGAGGGCGGACAUGUUGAUAACGACGGGGGGGCUAAAAUGUUGA